UCCCCUCUCUCUCUCUUCGUCACUCAUCCUCAGCUGACACUCUGACAGAGCUGCUGUGGGACUGAGCUGACUUUACCGAAUGGACCCGGAGGAGAAUCUGCUGAAAACUGAGCUGGCUCACUAACAUAUACACACAAACAAAUACAACUGCACUGUGGAAAUAAAACACGCAAACAAAGCCAGUCUUUCUUGACCAUGACGGAUACUGCCACCGAGGAGGACAAAGACCCUGAUAUUGAGCUGUUUGUCAAGGCUGGGAGUGAUGGCGAGAGCAUUGGAAACUGUCCUUUCUCCCAGCGCCUCUUCAUGAUCCUGUGGCUGAAAGGUGUUGUCUUCAACGUCACCACUGUUGACCUAAAGAGGAAACCAGCUGAUCUUCACAACCUGGCUCCUGGGACACACCCGCCCUUCCUCACUUUCGAAGGGGAAGUUUACUCUGAUGUCAACAAAAUAGAGGAAUUCCUGGAGGGAAAGCUGGCUCCACCAAAGUACCCCAAACUUGCAGCAAAGAAUCGUGAAUCCAACACAGCAGGAAAUGACAUAUUUGCCAGAUUUUCAGCUUUUGUCAAAAACACAAAACCGGAUAAAAAUCGAGCUUUAGAGGCCAAUCUAAACAAGGCCCUGGCUAAGCUGGACGAGUACCUGAUUAGUCCGCUCCCUGAUGAGGCAGAUGAGGGAGAAUCCACCCGCAAGUUCCUGGACGGAAAUGAGCUGACACUUGCUGACUGCAACCUUCUACCAAAGCUUCAUGUCGUUAAGGUGGUUGCAAAGAAAUACAGAAACUAUGAGAUCCCGUCAGAGUUCAAAGGUUUGUGGCGGUACCUCGGAAAUGCUUACAAACAGGACGAAUUCAUCAACACCUGUGCAGCUGAUGUGGAAAUCGAGCUAGCCUAUAAGGAUGUCGCCAGGAGGCUGGGGAAAUGAAUGCAUCACAAGCACCCAAGAACCUUUUUAUCUUUUAUUGAGAAAUUUCUAAUAAAUCGCUUCUUUUUUUGAAAACCAUUACAUACACUUUUGGCACAGUGUGUGUCACUUGUAAUAGUAAUAUAGUAAAUAUGUUUAACUGUAGCACACUGGUGUGAUGUUUCAGAGAAGGUGCUAAAAAUCAUGAAUAGUGUUUGUAAUGGUACUGUGUAGCAGCAGAUGUCUGACGCAUCAAACGAUGCUUGCAAACUAAAGAGGCUGAAAAUAGUUUCAUAAUGAUUACAUUACAAUCAUUUUUCAAAAAAGAUUCAAUGAGCAAAAAUGUAUGAAGUUUGCAGCUCAGUGUUUAGUAUAGUAAAUCCCUGCCUUAAGCAACAACUGUCCAGUCAUCGGUGAUUAAUGAACUGACAGCAGGUGAACUAAGUAAAAUUGCCUGGGGAGUGUAGUUCACACUACAUUCAAACACAAUGAUCAAAGCGAAAAUUUACAAGUAGGAAAAAACUGUAGCAUUAAAAUCAAAUGCCAGCAAAAAAAAU